CUCACGUUGCCAGUACACGUGACAAACGUGAUGUGUUGAAUGUACGCAGGUGGCAAAGUUGUGUGUUUGUGACAGUAGUACAACUGUAAGCAAUAUGUGUAAUAUUUUGAAAUAAAUUAAAAGUGAUUUGAUGCAGUCAUAGUUUCCUACCGAAUAGUGGUUAAGGAGCAAUAUUGUUAAGCACCCGCUGACGUCACUCGGCGACCCUGCAGCCUUCACCUUGACCGCGAGUCUCCGCGGGUCACCGAACUCUCGAAACAGUGACUAGAGGCGUUCUGUCCGAGCUGUAUGGCGAGCGGAGACAUCGCUAGACGCACGUCCGCUGAGUCCAGGGAAUGCCCUGCGAGGGAACCACUGAUGACCAAUCAACAUCCAGGGAAGCAAUCUGUUUCGCGAGCGUCAAACUGCAGGCGGAACACUAGAACAAGCAGUUGGUGAAGCUGGUGUUUGAUUGGUCCGAUCUCCUGCGAUCUCCUUUGAAGGCCGACCAACCGCCGACAUGGAGUGGAUGGUGAUAAACCCACUGGAGGUGCACAGCACGUUCGCGCUCGGCGUGCAGGUGGGAGACUCGUACGUCGCCAACGAGGACUGUCUCGCUGUUCUUAAUGAGAUCCUCGAGAAAUUACUAAAUGAGGAUAAAACUGCCCAGAAGUACAGAAGAACUCUCGGGUUUUCUCAGGUUAUAAAGAAGGAUUUACUGCCCCUUUUGAUCAACACUAAAGAUAAUGUAAAAGUGCUCGAUGCCACGGUGAGGGUCCUGGUGAACCUGACCCUUCCCGCGGAGUGCCUGCUGGCGGUGGAGCCCGCCUGCCGGACGGACGCCGGCCGCAUCGCCGUGUUCGAGAUCAACCACCUGCUGGUCACAUCCAAGGAGGCGUUCGCGGAUGCGCGCGUCACUCGCUGCGUCGUCGAGCACAUGCGCGGCUGUCUGGAGAAGGAGGCAGACCUGAGCCCCGCCGAGUGCGACAGCAUCAACAACUGCCUGCUGCUGCUGCGCAACGUGCUGCACAUCCCGCAGUGGUGGGGGAACGGGGGCCAGCGCUGCCGCCUGCAGAACCAGAUCAUGUGGAACCUGUUCACGCACAGUGUCGACAAGGUCAUGAUCAGCCUCAUCACAGGCCCGCACAAGUCGCGGUGGGCGGUGACCCUGGUGCAGCUCGUUGCCCUCAUGUACAAGGACCAGCAGGUGGGGCUGCUGCAGAAGCUGCUCAACCAGUGGUUCGAGGCGUCGCUGAGCGACAGCUCCGAGGACAACGAGAGCAACACCUCCCCGCGGGCGCAGGGCUCCGUCAACUCCUCGCCCGUGCUGACCUCCGACCCGACCUCGGACUCGUCGGACAACGGCGGCGGCAGCGUGGAGAAGAUGAGCUCGCUCUCCUCUGCCGACUGCGACUCCGACUUCAAGCGCAAGACGAGGAAGCAAUGUCGCCUGUCACCAAGCGAUGACGGAGGUGCCGCGAUGGACUCGAUCCAGGCGCUGCGCCCCGCCCGCAGGAAGGAGCGUCCCAGUGUCGACAGCGGACAGUCUUCCCUCCUCUCCUCGCCCGCCCGCAAGGGGGGCCAACCCGGCUGCCCCAAGUUGUCGCCGUCGCCGUCGGACGCCGUGGACUGCGGGUACGUCACGCAGGCUGAGAACCAGGAGUCCGUGUCGACUUCGAGCAACGAGGACGACGCGCCGGACUUCAAGAGGCCGGUCCACCAGAAGCCGCACAUGGUGCAGAAGAGCCGGCCGAACAGCAGCAAGGUCGCCGGUCCCCAGGACAAGAAGGAGCUGCGGAGGAAGAAGCUGGUGAAGCGGAGCAAGACCUCCAUGGUGAACGUGAAGGCGCUGGUCCACCACACGCCCAUGGACGAGGACAUCUUCCACCUGCUGAAGGAGUUCACGGUGGACUUCCUGCUGAAGGGCUACGGCUGCCUGGUGCGCGAGCUGUACCGGCAGCUGGUCGACAACGUCAGCGGGGCGCAGCUCGUCGACACCUCCCACUUCUUCUGGCUCGUCACCUACUUCCUCAAGUUCGCGGCGCAGCUAGAGCUCGACUUCAAGCACGUCAGUGAGGUGCUGUCCUGGGACGUGAUGGCGUACCUGGUGUACGAGGGCGCCCACGUGUGCGAGCAGCUCGAGACGGCUGCCUUCUUCCCGGGACAGGACGUCAAGCCGUACCUCAGGCGGAUGCACCUGGUGGUGACGGCGAUCAGAGAGUUCCUGGAGAGGGUCACCGCCUUCAAGAGAAUGCCGCACCUCAGUCCCGAGAACAGGGAGCACCUUCAGAAACUACAGCUGAAGGUGGCUGCCAUGGAGGACCUGAAGGGACUGUUCGCCCUGCUGCUGGGCCAGUACAAGCCGGGCGUGCACAGCAAGCAGUUCCUGCAGGACCUGGUCGUGACCAACCACGCGCUGAUGCUGUUCCUCGACGACGUCUACAAGCAGCCAGAGUACCGCGGCCCGGCCAGCCUCGGCCAGCACGUCGAGCUGUUCGCGACCGUGGACAUGAUGCACAAGUACGGCCUGCUCCUCGAGGACUUCCGGGAGAACGGUGAGUUCGUCAACGACUGCGUCUUCACCAUGAUGCACCACGUGGCGGGCGACAUGGGGCAGGCCUCCGCCCUCUUCCAGCCCGGCAUCCUCAAGACCUUCUCGCACAUCUGGGAGACCGACUUCGGGGUCUGCGACGACUGGUCCGACCUCAUAGGGUACGUGGUCAACAAGUUCGUGAACGCCCCGCAGCGGGCCAAGGCGUUGCCUGAAGACGUCCGCGCGCCGGCCGAGAGCGUCAGCGGUCCCCUGGGGGCGGACGACGCUGGGUGGUCGCGGGAGGACUGGGAGAAGCUGUCCUGGUUCUACUGCCGGAGCUGCGACGGCCAGGACCCGGUCGGGCGGGUGAGGCAGCUGUUCGCCGAGGACGGAGUCACCAAGCCCCGCGCCGACAUCAUCCGCCAGCUUUUCGUGCAGAAGGUGAUUUCCCCGGAACGGCACGAGCAACUGCUGAAGACGGAGGCGGCGCGUUGUGCCCUUGACUGCUCCCAGGAGUCCGGCUCGGCCGUCGCGGGUGACGUCGGCGGCGUCAGGAUGGACGAAUCCUCCGAGGGUGAGCGCGGCGCGGAUGAGAACCGCCCGUCCUCUUCGGAUGACAUGAAAGAGUUGAUAGGUGAGCUCCGAGCGGAGGGCAUGGGUGACGUGGUGGCGUGGCUGCAGCGGCUGCUGCUGGAGACGUGCCACGUGAAGCUGUGCGUGGCGCGCGGCGGCCCGGCCGAGGGUGACGCCGUCACCGAGCCCAUCCCGCUGGUGCACGCCAUGCUGCGGCAGUCGAUCCCGGUGGUGCCGUGGAGCGGGCGCCAGCGCGCCGCCAUGCAGCGCCCGUGCUUCGCGCAGCUGCUGCACCGCCUGGGCUUUCACCUGCCCGCCGACUCGGGCAAGGCGUUCGCGCGCGUCCCCGACUUCUGGACGGCCGACGCCGUUUACGCCGCGGCCGAGCGCCUGGGGCCCGUCGACGUCUCCGCGCUGAAGUUCGACGUGAAGCUGCUGCGAGCGGCGGAGCAGCGCCCGUCCGACGACGACGAAGAGAUGGCGGUCUCCGAGGCGAGCGUUCCCCGGGACCUCGCCCCCUUCGCCGUGUCCCGGCCCAAGCAGAUGCAGUCCUCCGUGGGCCGCUUCACCCCCGUGCCCAACUCCGUCCCGAACUGGCUGCAGUUGGUUGCCCAGACGAAGCGAGCUACGCCGACGCUGCAGCCGGCUGGCGGAUGCAACUAGCGACGCGGAUGCAACUAGCGACGCGGAUCCAUCGCAGUCGUCGUGCCUGACACUGCAGCAAACAUGCAUUACCAUUUAUUUUUUUCCUUCAGUAGUUGGUAGGAACUGUUUACUUUCGAUUGUCGUUAUCCCAAACACUUUUUUUUCUUCUCACUACAUGGAUUCACGAAACGCAAGAAAAAUUGCAUGUUAAAUAUGUUUCAGUAGUGUCAAAGUAGAGACCUGAAAAAUUCGCGGAUUCAUUUCGUGAUAGUCUAGAAUCAAAAACGUUUGCCUUUUUACUGCAUCAGUGAUUGGGCCACAGUUUUUCUAAAUGACACUCGGCCAAUGAAAAACUUUCAACAAAAUAAGUAUCGAAUGAUUAACGUCCCAGUUAACAGGCGACACGAGUCAGUAGCCAAUGAGCAGAUGUAAUUUUCCCGCAUGCGUAGAGGAUCAUGGAGUCUAUCCUACAGGUAAUCGAAAUCGCGAAUUUUUCCGGUCUCUAGUCAUAAGAUAUAAAAUAUUUUAUAAUGUUAGUUUUUGUGAGCGCCGUACAUCACAAACUACAAAUGUUUCAACCAGAGGGUUGGAAAAAGAAGUUAAGUUUCCACGGUUGGCUGUGCCGCAGAGAAUUUUUUGGCAUUUGUUAACGACAGGAUCGAACACUACCUCCGAGCCCCUCCCAGUCAAUAGUGCAUUGCUCUUCAGUUUUCUGGCUGUUGUGUGGUUUUUCUUUCUCAAGAACCACUUGUGAUUUCAGCUGGAGGUCGUAGCAUGUGACGUACAAAAUAAAUGUAAACUUUUUUUUUUUAUUAAGUGCAUGUCAAAAGUUACAAAAAUAAGAUUUUCACGUACAGUACAUUAUUUUACUUGGGAGUAAUCCGUGGUCAUCUGCGAAGAGAAAAAACGUUGGUGACAAACUGGUGUUAUAGUAGCCUAUCGUAGCUUAGCUAACAGUACUGCCAAACUGACAUUUUUAACGAAAUAAGACUAAUUGGUUCAAACGCAUUCUAACAGAUGUUUUGCAUCCACCGAUACCAUUCCUACGGCAAAAAUCAUCGGGAUAGCUGCACCACCGCACAAAAAUGGGACCUCGUAAAUACACAAAGCAGACUUACUAAGAGCAAUAGGCUCCAGGCUCAGGUGAUAAGAGGAGUGUCAUUGGUUGCCCGUUGCUUCAUAGUAAAAAAAAAAAUGUAUUCGAAGUGUUGUUUUAAAAUAAAAAUUGCAUUACAUUCAAUACACGCAAUGUGUACUCAAAAAUAAGCAGUUCUUUUAACCCUCCUGUAAGUUACUAAAAUGUUGAUUAGGCGGUAUUGUUAGCCAAGUGACAAUAAAUAAUUUGUAGUCACCAUGCAUUGUUCCACGUACAACUAGACUGAGUAAUACUCAAAAAGUAACUGCACUUGAUGGCAGAACGUAGCUGCUUGUACGUAUUUCCCCCCCCCCCCCCCCCCCUUCCUUUUUAUUUUGUGUAUCGAGGUUGUUGUCUUGGUCGGGUUUUGUAGCUCAUUUAUGUUUAGUGAAAUGUGUGGUAGUAGUGAAAUCUACUUGUAUCGUCACUAGAAAUUUGGGGUCCCUAAACAUUGUUUUGUGCUGCUAUUACAUAGUAUCUUCGCUGGCAUUUUACUGCAAACUUAUCGUCAAUAAAAAUUAUUUCUUUGGUUUUAUUUUUUGUUGCAUGAAUUGUUUAUCAAAUGAAUCCAAUAUUAUUAUUUUUUUUGUUAGUUAAGUAAUGUGUGGUAGUAGUGAAAUCUACUUGUAUCGUCACUAGAAAUUUGGGGUCCCUAAACAUUGUUUUGUGCUGCUAUUACAUAGUAUCUUCGCUGGCAUUUUACUGCAAACUUAUCGUCAAUAAAAAUUAUUUCUUUGGUUUUAUUUUUUGUUGCAUGAAUUGUUUAUCAAAUGAAUCCAAUAUUAUUAUUUUUUUUGUUAGUUAAGUGUGAAUUUUUUUAAAGCUUGUGUUUGGUAGGUGAGAGUAUAUUAUUGUGUUUCAUUCACUGUUGAAACUUGUAAUGAUGUGAAAGUGUUGGUAUGCUUACAUAAAGUAUUGUUAUAGUGAGAAAAAAAGUCUUUUAUCAUUUUAAGUUUGGUGUAUUUAGUCACUUUAUCAACAAAAUGUAAAUGUGUUUUUGAAAUGUACGUUGGUUUCUGUGCUAGACUUGGUAUUAAAAUUUUGUAUUUGAUGUUUUUGACGGUGUUAGUUGAAAGCUUCAAUUGUAGUGACAUGAACCUAAAUAGGUAUGUUUCUUUGCUUAACACGGAGGCCUUUCGCACAAAGAACCAUGUUUUGCAUGUGAUCGCCCAGAUUCUCAGACAUCCUGUAGCGUAAUGACGCAAAGUUAGUUUGAGAGUGUACCCGUUUGAGAGUGCAUUCAUUCAUAUAGACUUCUAUAGCCAUAUUGGUAGGGUAUCAGUGUGAGCAAAAUAUGAAACAUCAAUAAUCUUACCCUUUUUAAACUGCAAAAACUAAAUCACAGUGUUUUUGGGAAGAAAAUAUAACGUUUCUUUCUUCUUUUUUUUAAAUACAAUUUUAAACUAUUUAUAUUUGAAUCUAAUCUAUUACUUUUCAAAAAUUUAACUUUUUUUUCACUCAGUUCAAUUUGGUUGCUGUUUUAUAAUUUGUGAAAAUAGUCAGAUGUGUUUUGUUAAUGUGUUCACCUUGAACUAUAAUCAGAUUUCACUUUUUUAAAUAUUAGUUCACCUCUAAAUAAACAAAAUAUGUAAGUUCAUUAACAAUGAAAUUCUUACGUCACUGGUUUGUGACAAAUAACAGUUUUUUUUCCAUAUUUUAUAUAUUAGAUCCAAAAAGAGGGUGUGGUAAGGUUUGUAUUGUGUUUUUUGUGGUGUCAUGAGUUCUGAUCUGUGCAAAAGUAUUUUCGUAUAUUUAGUAUAUUUAGGUGCCUACCUUCAUGACAUCUUGCUAGGUACAGCGAGGUUUUAUAGUGUGUUUAUGUAAUAUGUCUUUUUUUGAAUGCUAAGCAUAUAUAUUUGUAACCAUUUUGCAUUUGUAGUGAUAUCACUAGUCAAAAAUAAUGUUUUAUAAUAUGUGUAUAUUUUGAAUUAUCUUCUAGAGCUUAUUUUUAAAAUAUACUUUAUUUUGAUGUUCAAUAGAUAUUGUAAAAAAAAAAAAUUGUAUUUACAUAAAUGGGAAUUAUAUACUCUUAUAACACCAUCAUACAAAAUCCAAAGCAGUGUUGUGUUGAAAUAUUUUUUUUUUUGUUUUUAAACAUUUGCAAUUGUAAGUGUGCAGUGAAAUCAGUGAGUUACCCAGGUAUUGCUCAUGCGCAUGUUUGAAGGCAAUAAACAACUCACACCUGUUUUUAUAUUCAA